AUGGCAAGAGCACACACGCCGAAGAUAACCCUCUACACCUCCACGGCCAAAUGCAUCCUGAUGGAGAAGGUGGAACCACAGGCAGACUUUGAGGUGGAGUUCUUCGCAGACGGCAGUCGUGUGCAUAUUCUUGGCGGGGAGUCUUCGGGGAAGUUGCAGCUCACCCAACUACUCACAUCUGAAGACGGUGGCAGCGGAAAAACGAGUACCAUAACCCUGGAUGCUGACUGUCCCCUUGAUAAGCUGUCGCUCAAUGUACAGGAAAUGCUCAAGUAUGCUCGUCAGGUGAGUUCCCUCCUCCAUCUUUCUCACCUAAGGACAGGAGGUUUAGAGGAAUUGAAUCCCAGCGCGUAA